AUGUACGCAACUCUCAUCUACCAAAGCCUCGGCUGGGACUCCGGAUCACAGGCACUAUCCAUCAACGGAAUCCAGGCCGUUCUCCAACUACUCAUCGUCCUGGUAAAUACAUUUACCGUGGAACGUUUCGGAAGGAGAGGUCUUCUUCUCGCUGGAUUUGCGAUUCAAUCUCUGGCCCUGCUGAUCAUGUCUUGUCUUACGACUGCAUUCCCAACGAAUGGAAACAAAGCUGCUGCUAUUGUUGAAGUUGCUAUGCUGUUUAUUGUUGGUCUUACUUAUUGUUGGUCUAAUGGGCCUAUUGCUGCGGCGGUUGUUGCGGAGAUUUUCCCUCAGCAUGUUCGUGAUAAGGGGUUUGGUCUGUCAAUGCUUGGACAAACAUGCUGGUUGAUUUUGUUGACUCAGUCUUGGCCUUCGUUUAAUGCUAAGGUCGGGGGUCAUAGUUAUUGGUUGUUAUUUGGUCUCAAUGUUGCGGCGGGUGUAUCUGUCUACUUCAUCCUCCCAGAAACAAAGGGUGUAUCACUGGAACGAAUGGAAAAGAUAUUUGGCGACGUGGACUUUGUUGAAGCUGGAGAGUGCGAAGGUGGUUCGGAGAAACGCGAAGCCAGAAUAGUCGCAGGCGGAGGGGAAGGCGAAGAGGCUGAGGACAACAAAACUCCUACCGCGCAUAUGGAGGAUGUGCCACAGGUGCAAGAGUCAUUGCCUAUCAGAUCUUCUGUUUAA